AUGUUGACGCGUGCCGAAUUGGAACAACGAGUCGGCGAGCAAGUACAUGUGUUGCGCUUCUGGGACGAGCUCAGUGAAGAGGAGCGCUCAUCACUGUCCCAACAAAUCGAGGGAAUCAACGUGAACGACUGUCGCAGUGCUUUCAACGACUCGGUCAACGUCCAUCUGCCUCAACUUGAUAACAUUACGCCGAUACCCGAUGAGCGCUACAUUGUUUCGUCGGAGUUGUCUUCCAACGAGCGAUCUAGGUUGUUCAACCUUGGAUUGGAGUCAAUUUCACGAGGCGAGCUGUGUGUCCUUGUCCUUGCUGGUGGACAAGCCUCACGUUUAGGAAGCUCAAUGCCCAAAGGAACGAUUCCACUUGGAUUCAACUCCGAAAUUGUUGAAGGAGACAGCCUUCUUUCCAUUCAGGCAGCAAAGAUUCAUCGGCUAGAAGAACUCUCCCAAAAAGCCUUUCCCGGAACCACUGGAAAGAUUCACUGGGCCGUCAUGACGUCAUCGGGAACUACAAAGGACACACUUGCACAUUUGGAAGAAAUUGUACCGCUAAAUGGACUAUCCAUAGACAAUGUGACCAUCUUCUCACAAGCAAAUAUCCCGGCUUUUGAUCAAAGCGGAAAUUUUUGGCUAUCAAAGAAAGGAGAAAUCUGCACUGCACCAAAUGGAAACGGUGGUAUCUUCUCAGCACUUUCACCUCACUUGCCGAUGUUGCGGGAGAAGGGAGUAAAAUACAUUCAAACAUAUUGCGUUGACAACAUUCUUUGCCGCGUGGGUGAUCCAGCCAUGUUGGGAAUGGUUAUUGCAAAGGGCAGUGAUUGUGCCGCAAAAACGAUUGAAAAAGUCUCUGGUGAACUGGUCGGAAGUAUCAUUUUUGAGGAUGGCAAGCCUCGUGUGGCCGAGUAUUCCGAGCUUGGAGGACUUGAGGCGUUAGCAAGGAACGAUGGUAAAUUAUUGUACCGAGCGGGCAGUAUUGCCAUUCAUUACUUCACCAUGGACUUCCUUGAAAGUUUCUGUACGUCAACCUUCCAUCUUCCAUAUCAUCGUGCCUCCAAAAAGAUUCCCUACAUCGAUGCAAGUGGACAACUCAUCCAACCUACAGAACCAAAUGGUAUUAAACUGGAGCAAUUCAUCUUUGACGUCUUCCCUUUGAGCAAGAACUUCUUCGCUUGGGAAGUCGAACGAGAGGACGAAUUUUCGCCACUGAAAAACGCGGAGACUGCCGGAGUCAACUGUAUUUCCACCUGCCUUCGCGAUCUUUCGUUGCAAUCAAAGAAGUGGUUGCAAGCAGCUGGGGCCAAUUUUGGUGAUGAAAAGCUGGUCUUUGUGGCGGCUUCACAAUCCUAUGCUGGUGAAGGACUCGAAAGCUGGGGAAAGAAACGGACUGGACGCAGCAUCUACGGA